AUGGACACCUCAGAUAUAAUCCAGACUGUCCUCGCAGCGCUCCAGUCGAGAUCUGAUCGCCCCGGAGGCCAGUCCGAUCCAACCGCAGAAGCCAACAACACGAGGCAAACGCCGACCCAGAUGAAGGCGCCCGGCAGCCUCCCAGAGGCGAUUCUGGUGCUGCUGUCCACGGCGGCCAUUCGAGAUUGGUUGAUCCUCCUGGUGAUCGGCGCAUUCUUUGAGACCAUCCGCCGCUCGCUCAAGGAUCUCUGGACAAAGGCUGUCGAGCGCAUGUGGGUAACAGCCGUCUUUGCAUUUGACGAUGAUGCCUCAGACUGGAUCAUGCAUUGGCUAUCUCAGCGGAAAGUGUUCCAACACGCACGGAACGUCGAAAAUAUGACCAAGCUCGGACGACUUGGGAGAAAAGAGGACGGCGAAGAGCCCAUCGCUUUCGUUCCCGCCCGCGACAUGACUUACUCGUUCUGGUACAAGAGGCAUUUCGUCCGCGUCAGCCGCUCCCAAGAAGAAGCCUCGAGCUAUUACAAGAGGCCAAAGGAUAUGCUUGAGCUCCGCGUCCUGUCCUGGCGUUCCGAUAUCCUCCGGGACAUCCUUCUCGAGGCAAGACGAGGGUACAAAAAAGCGAAUGAAUGCGCGAUGCAUGUCUACGUCUCUGACGGACACGACGAGUGGAAGCACGUCGCCACACAAGAUAAGCGUCCGUUGGUCUCGGUCAUUCUAGACCCAGGUGUUAUGGAACUCGUCCUCCACGAUGCACGCGACUUUCUGGCGAGCAAACAGUGGCAUCCCCACCGUCGCGGUUACCUCCUUUACGGAGCGCCCGGAGCCGGCAAGACGUCGCUCAUCCACUGUAUCGCCGGAGAGCUCGGCCUGCAUGUUUACAUCCUUUCACUCACCGUGGCGGGACUGGACGACAACAGCCUCAAAGCGCUCACUUCGCACCUUCCACGAUCAUGUGUGGUCCUCAUCGAGGACAUCGACGCUGCGUUUACGCGCACCAUGAAGCGCGACAUUGCUGACCCCGAAGCCGCUCCGCGCGACGGGCCCACCGACGCCCCGGCCUCGAGGUCUUCCGGAAAGGAAGAGGACGUAAACCGAGUGACCCUCAGCGGCCUGCUCAACGCGCUCGACGGCAUCGCCGCGCAGGAGGGCCGCAUCCUGUUCGCGACGACGAACGACAUCUCGGCGCUCGACCCGGCGCUCCUCCGCCCUGGCCGGCUCGACCUCCACGUCGAGUUCAAGCUCGCGAGCGCGUACCAGGCCGAGGAGCUCUUCAAGCGCUUCUACGCCACGCCCGUCCCGUCCCCCUCCUCCGCACCGCGCGAACGCAUCGCGGACGAGGCACAGAGCCCGAGCGCCGCACGCCCUGACACCACACCGCCGCCCGCGCCCACCGCCACCGCCCCGCCCGCGCCCACCUCCGCGUCUCAGUCGCCCGAGGACGAGAAGGCCGCACCCCACGGGUCCGCGUCCGGUGACCCGCUCGCCCCCGAGGAGGUCGCAGCGCUCGCGGCCGCGUUCGCGGCGGCGGUGCCCCCGCGCGCGUUCUCGAUGGCGACGCUGCAGGGCUUCCUGAUGGCGUACAAGGAGCGCCCGCGCGCGGCGGUCGCGGACGUGCCGGCGUGGGUCGCGCGGCGGCGCGGGGCGCGGGUGGCGCGCGAGUCAGACCAGGAGAAUGUCCGAGGCGUCGUGCCUUCCCCUCGGCUCGCUUCGAUGUCGGAUGUGGGCCUCGGAGACGCUGCGACCGCCUCGUGCGACGGAGAGAUGAAGUAG